UUUUGCUUCGCUUGCUUCAAUUUCCUCCAACGUAAAGAUAUUGGCAUUAAUACAGCAAAAAUGAGAGUAAUCAGCAUAUUAUCUACAAUUCGUUCAUUGAUAUUUAUACUAGGGUGUUCCUCUUUAGUAGCCGCUGAUUUUUUUGAUUUUUUUGGGGGUGGUCAAGGCCAGCCUGCACCUGAAAAGACUCCAUUUGAAGUUGAGUUUCUAAAUUCUGAUUGCAAAGGUUAUUUAUGUCCUGAUACACAAGCAUGUGUGGAUAAACCAAUAGAUUGCCCAUGUCCUUUUCCAUCUUCACAAUUAAAGUGCCAAUUACCUGAUAAAAAGAAUUUUGUUUGUAUUUCCAAACCUGCAGUCAACAAUGAGAAAUUGAUGGCAUUGUAUGACGAUCCAGUGAAAGGUCCCAAACAAAAACAUAAAGGCGUUAGAGAUUGUGGAUGGGUUAUUCAGGCAUGGAAAGGUGAGGUAUAAUUUAACGGUGG